CGUGGAUUAACAGAUUCCAAAUGGCAAAAUCACACAAACUAAAAUAGGAACAAAGAAAAAUAAAAUUUAAAAAAAUUAAUUUGAGUUAAUACUGAAAAAUGAAGAUGCAACAUGGUGUCGCGUGAAACAUGAAACAAAACAAGAAAUUUUUAUGGACUUUUAAGUGAAUCACUAAUUAUACUAAACCAAAAGCGUCUAUGUGCUUAUUUUAUAUGCUUAAAUUUUUUUUUCUAUUAUUUUUAUUGCCUCCUGUAAUUGAUGUAAGCUGUUGAACAUUAAAUCAUUAUUAUUAUUAUCAGAGAGAAUGCGUGCGUGUUUAUCGCCGCUAAUGCACCCACGAGUCAUUUUAUGCUCGUAAAAAAUAAAAGCCUUAAUAAGCAGUCUAUUUGAGUUACAAUGCGCUAUAGAUAAAUUUACUCAGUCUAAAUCACAAGCAUGCGGGUUAACCAAUUUAAAUUAAUAACAAACUUGUUAAUUAGCCUAUUAUGUAAUAAAUCAAUUAAAUCAGUACAUAUAUUUUGUUGGUGUUAAAGUAAUUCGUAGAUGUGUUUAAAUAUGAUGGUACCUAUAUCACGACAAUAGAUAUACUAUAAAUGGUGUUUAAAAAUGCAACGCGUUUCAAUUGAUGAUUAACAUCGUUUUCCUGUACAACUACACAAAGCAAUUAUUGUAACAUGCACUGGAUGUAGUUCUCCACACAUACUUUGAUUUACCUAGGUACGCAAAAUGUUGAAAUAUCCCUUUUGGCGUGCAAGUUGCAUAUUUUUAAAGAUAAUUACGUGGCUCAUAUAUUUAUCUUUCUUUUACACUGUUAUUAUGAAUAUAAAAGUGUGUACGCAACAAUAUUUUCGCCACAAACUGGACAUCUCUGAUACAGCUAACGGAGAGGCCGAUUUAAUUUUUCCACCGAUGUCAUUGUGUAGCACCAAUGUAAUUAGCAAACGCAUGUUAGAAAAAUGGGUCAUAAACAGUAUUUAUAAUACGUCAUCGGUACCGAAUUUUUCAGAGAAUUUAAACCAUCUAUGGAAACACUUUGGGCGAAUUUAUGAUUAUGAACUGCGUUACGGGUAUGAUUUUCUAAAGUUAGAACGAUUUUUACUGGAGCAUGGAAUUAUGAGCCUGGAAGAAAAUGCCAACAAUAACAUUAAAAAUUUAAUGAUGAACCUAUCAACUCCAUGUGAAAAAUUGUUGAGCGCAUGUUUUUGGCACGGAGUGAAAUUUGACUGUAAGGAGUUAUUUAAUGUGGUGCCAACAUCCAAAGGGUUUUGUUGUGGAUUAGACCAAACUCGAUUGCCUUCAACAAAAACUGUAAACCACAUGUUAAGUAAGAGAACUGGAUUAUCAGUUGAAGUGAUGAAUGAUAUUGAUGAUUACUAUUUUAUGCUAUCACCAGCGGUUGGAAUAAAUAUUUAUGUUUUGGAACCCACCCACGAGCAAUACCCAAAUCCCAGAAGUACUAGUGUAAUCGACAUGUUCGCACCAGCUGGACAAGAAACAAAUAUUAUCUUGAUACCAAACAUAUUGUAUACGGAAAACAUUCGUGGAAUUGAUUUGAGCUCUCGCAAAUGUUUGUUCCACGAUGAAAAGGGUACAAUUUUUGGACCAUACAGUUACAAUAAUUGCAUCGGUGAAUGCAGAUUACGUAGUAGAUUAGCACUAUGUAAAUGCAAGACGUUUUCACCAAAGGCUAAGAUAAAUGCCAAAACGUGCACAUUCUCGGACAUCCCAUGUUUGUUCAAACAUCAAGAGAAAUGGAAUAAUCUAAGUCCCAAUGAAAAGGUUAAUACGAUGCAGUUAAAUCAAGAGAUUGAUAAUGGUUUAAAUUGUAACGACUGUUAUCCGGAUUGUACACGUUAUUACUACGAAGCUAACAUAGAUUCUGUACCACUCAUUUCGAACGAUACAAAUUUGGUCAUUAACGUGUAUUUCGGUACAAACACUCCUAGAAUUUUAACGGCGAAUUUAAUGAUGCUUUGGUACGAAGUAAUAGCUUCUAUUGGAGGAAUUUUAGGAAUCUAUUUUGGUGUCAGUUACAUUAAACUUCUACAGAUUAUACGUCUCGUGUUUUUAAAGUGUUCCAAAACAUAUUUAAGUAGUAAGCGGCUUAUGAAGUAACUACCCAUUUAACUGUAAGGGCAUCAGGCAGGACUACAUCAACGACAAUUUAUCUUAAUAAUGCACAUAUUUAUUCUUUUUUUAUUAAAAAUUUGGCUACUUUCACAGUUCUACUAGGUAUAUAGUUAUGUAGUAGUACAAUGUAGAAAGUUCGAGAUAGCCUUUCAAUUGUAUAAGUAUUAACAUAAUUUAAAAAUACGUAAAGCUGGGUAUUUAUGUUCUGUUUGUCGGACGAUUGAAUACGAAGUUUGACUUUUUGGGAUGUUAUCAUAUGUUAUUUACCCGUUAGAUAGAAAAAAGGUAAUAGUUAUUUACAUAAAAGUCAGGAAAAUGAAACAUUUGGGCGAGGACCCUUCGGGUACGUUAAUUUCCGAGUCAAGUAAUGUCAUUUUACUGACGAGUUUUGUAUUAAACUUUACCCAAAA